AUGUGGGCCACCGACCAUGGUCGCUACAUGACCAACUCCAUGGCAUCCCGCUGGCUCAUUGCUGUUCUCCCAGCUUCACUAUACAAAAUGAACGCUGAUGGGACCAACCUCACGGUCAUGUCGGCUACCCGUGAAAUAGUGAACUCUUUCAAUGAACUGGCACACCACGGUGUGGACGUGAGAGAUGUAGCUUCUUUGGGCGGUGGCCUUGCAGUAGCCAACUUGAAGUUCAUGGUGAUGGGCUUCCGCGGGGAUUGGAAAGCCUAUGUCCAAGUUUUUGGGUUUUGCAGGGCACCGAAUACGGAUGAGGUGUGCUGGCUUUGCGAGGGUUCCAAAGGAGUUCACAACAUGGCUACUGCCAUCACAGACGUAUCAGAAAACGCAUAUUGGAGGAGAACCUAUUUGAACAGUUCACCAUGGACCUCAAUUCCCCCCUAUGCUACGUUACAUGGGUUCCGCUUGGAGAUGGUGGUGCCAGACCUCCUCCACAUGUGGAAUCUGGGAAUGGCCCGGGAUUUGGCCGGGUCGGUGCUUAAGAUCAUUUGUCGGGAACAGCACGUCUUCAACGGCCCUAACAUAGAGGCCAGGCUUAGACAAGCCACAGACUCUUUGAAGACCUUCGCAAGGUCGAAUGGGCACUGCUUGAGAAUCAAACGCAUCACCCGUGCGAAACUUCAUUGGGAGACCAGGAAGUAUCCAGAAUUUAUGGCUUCGGGACAUGACAGCUAUGUGGCUUUGGCUUGGCUGGACGAGUGCCUGAAACCAUAUCAGCAAAGGUAUGGAGAUUUGUGCACACUACUGUUCACCAGCAACUGGUGCUUCCGGCUUUUCUACGCAAACACAGGGUGGUUCCUUUCUGAGGGUGAGCGACAGACUGUGAGGGUCUUAGGCCGAAUUUUCCUCCAAGUGUAUGCUCGCUGCGCUCUCGAUGCGGUUCGACAGAGAGAUCUGUUGUUCCGCUGGAGGCCCAAGUCUCACAUGAUUGAUCAUGUUUUUGAAUGUAGAAGGGCCAUCAACCCGGCCCGUUACAGCACAUGGCUAGACGAGGAUUGGUUAAAGAAAUUAUCAAAAAAUCUCCAAAUGACUGCCUCGAAAACCGCACAAGUCGGGGUGCUACAGCGGUGGCUCAUGGCCUUACCGGAAGCUAUCGACAAAGCUGGGCGCGAUUGA